CCUCCUCCUCCUCCUCCUCCUGCUAAUUGUUGAUGCAGCCCGGCGGGUCCCUCGCACGGUGAUCAGGGCUCGUCCCGGGUCUCUUGUGAUCUCUUGCCCGCUCGGACCGACCAUGAUGAGCGCGGAGAGCGUGUCGGAGAGCGGAGCGGACGAGUCGUGCAUCCACCUGGAGCCGCUCAGCAGCGCGCACUUGUCGGGCAAGGCGACGCCGACCGGCGGCAGCCGCGCGGGCUUCAUGGACGGCGGCCACAAAGUCACGGCCAACGGGGUGCACGACAUCGAGGACCGGAUCCUGAGGAUCACCGGCUACUACGGCUACAACCCGGGCUACUCCAGCCACCGGAGAGAAGAUGGUUCGGAGUCUCACGCCGAGACGCCGGGCAGCGAGACCAGCGGAGAAAGCCGCUCCUACCAGACAUGUACCAACACAGCUGUGAAGGUGCUGGGCGGGCUUCUGAUGGUGCUGUGCGUCUCCUCGUCCUGGGUGGGCACCACGCAGGUUGUGAAGGUGACCUUCCAGUCAUUCUCCUGUCCCUUCUUCAUCUCCUGGUUCAGCAGCAACUGGAACAUCCUCUUCUUUCCCAUCUACUACUCGGGUCACGUGGUGACCACACGCGAGAAGCAGACCCCCAUUCAGAAAUUUAGGGAGUGCAGCCGGCUCUUCGGGGAGGACGGGAUGACUCUCAAGCUCUUCGUGAAGCGCACGGCGCCGUUCUCCAUCCUGUGGACUCUCACCAACUACUUGUACCUCUUAGCCUUGAAGAAACUGACCGCCACUGAUGUCUCUGCGCUCUACUGCUGCCACAAGGCCUUUGUUUUCCUCCUGUCUUGGAUCGUCCUCAAGGACCGCUUCAUGGGUGUCCGGAUCGUGGCAGCCAUCAUGGCCAUCACGGGCAUCGUCAUGAUGGCGUACGCUGACGGUUUCCACGGCGAUUCCUUUGUGGGCGUGGCUCUAGCCGUGGGCUCAGCUUCCACGUCGGCCCUGUAUAAGGUGCUGUUCAAGAUGUUCCUGGGCAGCGCCAACCUCGGGGAGGUGGCUCACUUCCUCUCCACCAUGGGCUUCUUCAACCUCAUCUUCAUCUCCUGUGUGCCGCUCAUCCUCUACUUCACCAAGGUGGAGCACUGGGGCUCGCUGUCCUCGCUGCCCUGGGGCUACCUGUGUGGACUGGCUGGACUCUGGCUAGUGUUCAACAUCCUGGUCCAUGUGGGUGUGGUGCUGACCUACCCCAUCCUCAUCUCCAUCGGCACCCUGCUCAGUGUGCCCGGCAACGCAGCCGUGGACGUCUUGAAGCACGAGGUGAUCUUCAGCGUGGUGCGACUGGCCGCCACCUGCAUCAUCUGCCUGGGCUUCCUGCUGCUGCUGCUGCCCGAGGAGUGGGACUCCGUCACGCUGCGCUUCCUCGCCGCCAUCGCCGACAAGAAGUCGGAGGAGCACGGCGAGGAGCUGACGGACUCCAGCGUCCACACCCGGAGCCGCAGCCGGGCCAACGGCACCGUGUCCAUCCCCUUGGCGUGACGCCGCCGCGAGGCUCUCCUCUCCUCCGCCCGGGAGGCGUGGCGGGUCUGGGUCUGGGUCUGGGUCUCCGUCGCCUCGCAUCAGGACGACUUCAUGAAUGAGGACUUUCGUGGUUCAUGCAGAACGAAAGGCUCGAAAGUGUUUUUUACUUUCUGGAAUCCUCGCCACGCUCCGUCUCGUCCCUUCGCACGCUCCCGAACCAAGAGCUGCCCGGCUUCCCCCGACACUGGACUGUAUUCUGUGAAUAUAACUAUCGGCAGGGCCAGUUUGGCUCAAUCUUAUAUGUAUUUAUGAUAUUUAUUUAGAUCUGUAUCCAUAAGAGUAUUAAUUUUAAGUCUGAAUCAAUAGUAUUAUAUACAAGAAUGAUCAUUAUACUAUGCGUAAUGUAUAGACUCUUUUGUUUUUAUAAUAAAAGACUUAAAACCUUCA